AUGGAGGCCAUUACGGACCAAUACCCAGAAUUCGCAACGAACAACACAUAUGGCAUACAAGCAGUCAACGAUGACAGUACAUUGAUGUACGGAGAUGCAGACUAUAUCGGCAACUGGUUUGGUGGCGAGGCUGUGUCAAACGCGGUCAAUUACACGCAAUCAGCCUUCUUUCGAGAGAGCGGUUAUAAGCCGCUGAGCAUUGGUGGUUUUGAGACUGGUAAGGUCAAGGAGUACGACAACUUCAGCUUUGUUGUUGUGUACGAAGCUGGCCACUUCGUCCCUGCGGAGAAGCCAGAUGUCGCACUUGAGAUAUUCCGAAGAGCUAUGGAGGGACUUGAUAUUGCAGAAGGGCAGACGAAAGUGACGGACCAGACAGCGAUACCUUUCCCCGCAGAUACACCACUGCCGACAACGAUCUCAUUCCCGACUUAG